AUGGUCGAGAUUCCAGCCUUUUACCGCAUUUUCUUCCUCUACAUCGAUCCUCUGGUCUGUCUAUCUGGUAUCUAUGUCCUCUUCUUCGACCAUGCGACAUACCUCACCAGCAGCGUUCCUCAUGCCAUCCCUGUGAAAACUAUAGAUCCACUCACUCGAUACCUGCUGACAGCACUCGGGUCGUAUUGCCUCUGCAUCUUCGGGAUUCAGAUUUUCCUCCUGCGCCAGUUCCUCGACAUCAAGAUCUGGAGAAUCGUCAUGUUCAGUAUUCUUUUGACGGACUUGAGUCUCUUAUAUGGGGUGUAUGCGACUGAUCCGAAGGGGUUUUGCGACGUUGGUGGCUGGACAAGUGGUGAUUGGACGAAUAAUGGUAUCUUAUUGACUGUGAUUGGGAUUCGGAGUUCGUUUCUUUUGGGAAUCUAA